AUGAGAAAGACGUUUCGACCGUUCCCAGGUCGUGUAGCAGAGAGAAGAUUUGGCGAUGGUAUUUCGGUGCUUGCCUUCAUCGUAAGCGAGGGGAUGGGCAGAAGAAAAAUGUCUUCCUUCAAACGCAAAGCUAUUGGAAAGCAGGCGUUACCUGUUUACCCAGGAACGCGUAUCUCACCAGCCUCUAAUCAAUGUCUGAUCACUUCUACUGGCAUCUCUUCUCUUGAUGACAUCCUGGGUGGCGGUCUUCCGCUCUCAUGUUCUUUGGUCUUCGCGGCACCUGAUAUCCACUCUUCCUACGGCGAUCUCGUGCAGAAAUACUUCUUUGCACAAGGACUUGCGAAUGGGCAUAGAAUAUGCCUUGUGGGAAAGGAUCCGGAAGGCUUCGUGAAGGAUGUAAUGUGGUACCCGAAGUCGCAUUCAGCGACACCCAGUGCGGGAGAUUCAGAGGACGAAGAGAAGGACGAAGAGAAGGGCGACGAGUCCCAGAAAGUGAAGAUUGCCUGGAGGUAUGAGAAUAUGAAGCAAUUUAAGACGACCGUUGGGAACUCGAGCUCAGAGGCGGAAUCGUAUUGCCAAACGUUUGAGCUCGCAAGUCGCGUGCCAGAAGACGUUAUCAACAAGGCACGGAAAGCGGAUCGACUCCGUUUUGUCGACGUUGGGUUGGACGCUCUGUCACCGAGCGCUGUUCUGAGCGAAAUUACAAGAUAUAUGGAAUCGGAUUCGUCGGCGCCUGUGCGCAUCUGCAUAACUUCGCUGGGCUCCCCUGUAUGGGGCGAUCUUACGUCUCAGAACAUAGUGUAUUUCCUACAUUCGCUAAGGGCGACCUUGCGAAAACAUCCACACGCGUGCGCGUCAACGAGUUUAGCGCCUGAGGUAUCGGCAGCGAGCUGGGGCGGAGCCGGCUGGAUAGACAAGGUGGGGUGGGUGAGUGACGGUGCCCUGACGCUAUCGGCGUUUACAGCAAACCCUGCGCUAUCGAGCAUGUUCCCAGCGCAGCAUGGGCUGCUCCAGAUCCACACGCUCCCGUCGCCACACACGCUGAGUGCGCCGAGCGACCGACUGUCAACGCUGCGGGGCUUGUCGUCGAGUGGCGAGAAUAAUUUGGCAUUCAAGUGCACACGGAAGCGGCUGAUAUUUGAGACGCUGCAUCUGGAUGUGGAAGGGGGCACGAGCGAGCGGCGCACUAGGCCCAGCGGGCUGAUGGUGGACGGAGGCGGAGCGCCUGAAGCUGGGGAGAAGGUGGCGCAAGUGGAGGGCGGGGUAGGGGUUCGGGCGAAGAAGGGGAAGAAGAGGGUUGCGUUUGACUAUGACUUCUGA